AUGAACUUUUCUUAUGAACAUUAUAUGAAUCUGCUCUUCCAUUUGGAUUAUGGCAAGGAAACCGUUCCAUCUGAAAUAGCCAAGAGGAUUGUCUCCAAUGCUAUAUCUCCAGUUAUUGCAGUUACAUCCACCUCAGAAUUGGAUCAUCAUAUAUUAGAAACAUAUAAUAUAGAUUCCCUUUAUAUGCUCUUAAGAUUCUUCAGUGGAUGUGUCUCUGAUAGAGAUCAAGCAAAUGAACUGGAAAAGUCUCAAAAAGAUAAAAUCUCAUCAAACAACACGUUAACAUUACCAACAACUUCACCACUACCUAAGGUUAGAACAAGAGGUAGAAGUAGAUCAAAUAGUUUAUUCCAGAGGGACUCAACCCAAUCACAAUAUAUAAGGUUCACCAAACCAUUAGGUGAUGUCAUAGCUACCAAAAAUGCUAAUGAUAUGUUAUUUGAUUACCAUUCAUUAGAGAUUUAUUUACAGAAUUACCUAGAUUUGAUUCAAAAAAAUACCGAUGAUAACACUCCAUACGAAUUAUUGAAGAAGUCCAUAUAUCAUAGUUUUUUCUCAUUGGCAAUUUCAUCGACCACUAUACUGUCACCUUAUGAAUGCUUCAAUCAUCCCGUGGUCUCGCUAAUUGCUGUGGAUAUAUCAUUAGGUCAAAAUUAUGACGAUGUGAGAGACUUAUUAGUGGACUUUAAAAACCUAAAUAGCUCUACCCACAAUUUCCCAAUUUUUAUGAAUACAAAUGAUAUGUUACCAGUUGUACUAUUAUGUUAUGAUGAUCAAUUCAUUGAACAAUUUGAAACAUGCCAGGCCUUAACAAAGAAAAUAAAGAAACAAUUAUUUGUUGAAUGUAUUUCUCUCCCGUUAUGGAAGGAUUCAUAUCCAUCAGAUCCACAAGUGCAUCUGCAUCAACCUGUCAUGUCUUCUCUAGAGGAAAUGAUAUAUUUCUUAAAUCAACCAAAGGAGGUAACUCUACCGUACGAAUUAAUUCAAUCAAUCUACAAUAUACUAGAUAGUCUCGUUUACAAUUUAAUGAUUCCCUUUAUGAAGAGAAAGAUAGCUUUUUGGGAUGAAACAAUAUUGCAACCAAGAAAAUCAUUAUUUCAUGGUGCAAAAUUCUUAAAAAAAUUUAUGACAAAGACAGCACUCACACAUCAAGAAAAUCUCCUCACAAAGGAUGCUCAAGGAAAUGAAUAUUUUACUUCUGCAUCCUCAGAAUUUUUAAUGAGGAAAUUGGCAGAUUGGUCCAUGAUGUUAUCUGAUUUUAAAACCGCAUAUGCCACAUAUGAGUCCUUAACACAUGAUUUGGAAUCAUUCCCCAAAUACUCAGCAUCAUGCUUGGAGUGGUGUGCAGUGUCAUUAUUAAUGGGAGCACAAAAUAUUGUAACAGUAAAGAUGCUUAAGAAUGAUAUAAACCCAUUGAUUGAAAAAGCCUUAUCAACUUAUGAAAAUUGUGCUACCGUACUUCCUGAAACAGAUAAAAGGAACACAGAUGAGUUAAUUGUGGUACCUGUGAGGUCUUAUGAAACUAGAUGUAUGAUUUUAGCGUCUGAAUUGUUCCUUUCUCUAAGUGAUACAUGGACUAGUACUCCAUAUGCAAUCAGCUAUUUAGAAACCAUACUUGUUGAAUGUAAAUUGGGAGCAUGCUCUCAAAUCAUGAUUUGGGAAAGACUAAGCGAUUGUUACGAAUUAAGAGUUGACCCAAGGAUAAAACACAAAGCAGCUGGGACCAUAGCAAACACCUCUUCACCGAAAAAAAGUUCUGAAUCAGAUAUGCAGGGACACGUAAUGACCCCAUCACCAUUAACAAAGGAAGACGUUAGUAAUGAUGCUAAUAAUGACACUGAUCAGGACAUUGUGUCAAAAGGAUUUACGAGAAAGAGAAAGGCUGCUUUCUUCAGGUUGAUGGCUGCAAAAAAAUGGGCAGAACAAAAGAGAUGGAGACAAGUAUCAUGGUGUUUACAGAGUAUAGAUGACACCUACUCAAAAAUUGGUUUGGCUGAUCGUGAUGAUCUCAUACUAAAGAAAAUACAGAAUAAACUGAAAACUGCUGAAACAGAAACGAUUGAUGCCGGUGCCGAAAAGAAUGCUGAGGUCAGUCAUCAUGAAGUGGAUUCUCCAAAUUGA